AUGAACGUAAGAGAAAAGGCUUCUAAUUAUUCUACCAAGUCUUUUCCUAAUGCAAAGUCAAUGAACAUUAAAUGUCAAAAUAUUAUUCAACAUUGGGGUGUUAUCUGGUCUAAUUUAUAUAGUAUGAUAGAAUCAACUAAUAAAAAGAUUUUAACAAAAAAUAAAUGGUCUUAUCGUGAUUUAACAUUUAAAAUGACUCAUCCCUCAAGCCAUAUUUCAUCUUUUAAUAUUAAACUCUUUCCAGAUUAUUACGAAAAACAACUCCAUAUUCAGUACAAUAAUCCUACAUUACCAAGACUUCAUAGCCAAAGUACAAUUGAGAAAUAUUGUAUGAACCAAUACCUUAAAUCUAUUUCUAUGAAAACUUCUUUAUCUAGAAUACCAACAAAAUCAGUGAAAGACCGUCACGAAAAAAUUCCGACAUACUACAUGUACAACUAUGGUAUUAUUAAGUUUAAUAAUUAUAAUUAUGAAGAUAUUGUUUUUACAAUUCAUAUUCCUUGUAUGUGUGCUUGGGAACGAGAAGAAUAUCCUAUAAUAUCUUCUACAUUCUCUAUGUUAAUUCCUCAUGAAAUGGAAAUCUCAAGUAAUACAUUUCUAUGGGAUGUUUUUUUAGAUAAUCUUAAUAAAUUGUUCUUUGAAUUUCAGUUAAGUCAUUGUGAAUAUGAAACUGAAGAUACUAGUUAUCAUUCAUUAACUCGAUCCUUAACUAAAUGUAUUAAUCAUUUUGAUGAAUAUCUUCUUGCUUUAACUAUUCCUAAAAAGAAAAAAGAGUUAAAACAAAUUCCUUUUGUUCCAUCAUAUGAAUUUCUUCAAAAAGUGAUUGCAAAUCAUAUUAUUUCACAUUACACUCUAAUUGUAUCAGAUGUUCCAUCUUAUAGUCAAUACAUUUAUGACCUUUUAUAUCCUUUAGAUCAAGCUAAUUUAUAUAAUCAACCAAAUACCCAACCUCUAUCACAGAAAAUUAUCUCUAUUCCAAACCCAUUUUUUAGAACAAUAUGUUUAACCUCUUUCACUGAAGAACAAUAUUUCCUCCUACCUUAUCCUUUCUGUGUUAUUGAUCCAGUUAACCAAACUGUGGGACGUUCUUUAACACAAAGUAUAUCCCGUUAUUUCAUUCAACGACAAAAUUAUUUUAUGAUGUAUGCCUCAAAAAAACUCUUCAUUCCACAAUUUAUCCCAACUAUAAAAAUACUUCCUGAAUUACUUAAUCCUCCAACCUCACAAUUCCUUUCUGAGUAUACUCUCCUUGUGUUAAAUCUAUUACAACAAAAUAAAUCUUUAGUAAUUAGUGCUGUUUUGUUACAGUUAUUAAAUUCAUGUUCUAUGAAAGCACAUUUGAUGUCUGAAUUACUUAAGAAAUUAAACACUAAAUAUAAUGAUGGAACAAUAACUCCUUUCAUAGUUAAUGAAUUAGAACAUCAAAUGGGUUGUGAUCUUGAGGGUUUGAGAGUAAUUUUAGGAUCCUACAAAUUUACUGAACCACAUUUUGUUGGGAUGAUUAUCGAUGGAAUAGAAAAGUCAGUGUGA